AUGUCGUGGAACAACGCUCCCGACGGCGGCCCUGCCACUGAAGGCUACGGCGGCAGUGGUGGCUUUGAUGGCUUCAGCAAUGACGCCAGAAACUACGGUGGUGAUACUGGAUUUGGUGGAGGCGACUUCGGUGACAGCGGCGGUGGUGACCGUGCCUGCUUCAACUGCGGUCAGCCGGGCCACAACAAGGCGGACUGCCCUGUUCCCCGCCAGUUUUCUGGCGAGUGUAAUAGUUGCGGUAAAGAGGGCCACAUGUCUAAGGACUGCCCUGAUGCCGGCCCCAUGGUCUGCCGCCGCUGCAAGAAGGCGGGCCACAUGGCUCGUGAGUGCAGCAUGCCCGUGGUCUGUCCUCGCUGCGGUGAAGGCCAUCAUGUGUCCGAAUGCUCCAUGCCCAUGAUUUGCCGCGUUUGCAGCGAGGAGGGUCAUUUGGCCAAAGACUGCCCAUCUGCUCCGCCCCGUGUCUGCAACAACUGCCAGGAGGAGGGCCACGAAACAAAGGACUGCAAGUCUCCCCGCAAGAUCAUCCGCGACGACGUUCCCGAAAAGGCACCCGAUAAGGCCCUCGAGAUGAUCCGCGCGGCUGUGGCCGAAAAGGACCUCGAUGAUGUCAAGGCAGCCUUCCUGACGUACGUCAAGGCUUGUCCCGAUGUGACGUACGUUGAGAUGGAACAGAUGUUUCGCAACGAGAACAUUGGCGUCUACCUCAUUGGUGUUGAGCGCAGUGACCUAUCCGUCACCCUCACGAACAUGGAUCUUCAGGGCAACCUUGAUCGCAAGUACACCGUCACAUUCCGCUUCCAGGACAAGCCUUCGCGCCCCCGUGAGAAGUCUAUCUGGCCUGCCAAUACUGAGGAGAACUUGGCCCGCUUGGCCAAUGGCGGUGAACCCGUUGCCCGUGGCAUCCCGCUCUGCAUGAACUGCCGCGAGCUCGGCCACACCUCGCGCAGCUGCCCCAACGAGCGCAUGGAAAACACCGAGCACGCCUCUGUUGCUUGUCAGAACUGUGGCAGCGAGGGUCAUCGUCUGCGUGAUUGCAAGGCUCCUCGUGUCGACAAGUUUGCUUGCCGUAAUUGUGGCCAAAGCGGCCACACCUCCAAGGAGUGCACCGAGCCCCGUUCAGCUGAGGGCGUUGAGUGCCGCAAGUGUAGCGAAAGUAUGCAAUCAAACUUCCCUUGGGUGUUGCAUGUGUUUCAUUUUGAGCCGACAGCUAACAAAGGUCAAGCCGGCCACUUCUCGCGCGAUUGCCCUCGGGGCGGCGGUGGUGGCGGCUGCCGUAACUGUGGUCAAGAAGGCCACAUGGCCCGCGACUGUACGGUACCACGCAAGAUUGUGUGUCGCAACUGUGACCAGGAGGGUCAUACGUCUCGCGAUUGUCCGGAGCCCCUCAACAUGGAGAAGAUGCAGUGCCGCAACUGCGACGAGUAUGGCCAUAUGUCCAAGGACUGUUCCCAGCCUCGCAACAUGGAACGUGUUCGCUGCUCCAACUGCAAUGAAAUGGGCCACUUCCAGUCCAAAUGCCCGGGGAUCAACAACGGCGGGGACGGCGGUUUCGAUGACCGCUUCGGCGGCGGGAAUGACUUUGGCUCGACCGCAGAUGUCGGCCAGGUUGGUGGCGGCGGCAGUGGUUGGUAA